AUACUCAGUUACUGUUAACUCGACAUUGGCGCUGCCGCUGAGUGUACGAGUGUGUGUGUGUGCGCGCGCGUAUGUGUGUGUAUUCUAUGUAUGAGUGUGUGAGCUCGGAUGGUUAACUGGACUGUUCCCGGCUGAAACGCAUCCAAGUCCGGCCGCAAGAAGAUGCCUCACUGCUGCGUGUGAACGGCCGAAAGAGUCGGAGGGACGGCAGGGAGAGAGUGUCAUCUCCGGGCAGGUUUUAGAGGAAAAAUACGAGGCAGGAUGUUGCAAGUUUUAGCUUGUGGCGCCGUAGUUUUCCCCGGUCUGUUCUUCGCCUUCAGGAGGAUCCUGCCGUGUGUGUUCAAACACUGGAGCGAUGCGGACGUGGUGCUGGUCAGCGAGAGACUGGUGUCGUCCAUCCAUGCCAUCAUGGCAACAACAGCAGGAGUCAUCAUUGUGUCAUCAUGCAGGGACAACGUCAUUACCGACAGUCACUGGCUGGCCACGUACUUCGUCAUCUGGUACGGCGUGCCGUACAUGACGUACGACAUCUUUGCCAUGUACCUCAGUCACUACUACCGCUUCCGUGUCAAAGGGCACGAGGACUACAAGCAGCACUCGCUGAGGACCGUGAACUCGUUCAUUCGCCGAGAGUUCCUGCUGGUGCUGCAUCACAUCGCCCUGCUCACCAUCCUGCUGCCUGUCACACUGUUCUUCAGAAAGGACCUCGGGGAUUUCUUCAUCGGCUGCUUGUUUCUAACAGAGCUCAGCACUCCCUUUGUCUCCCUGGGGAAGAUACUUAUUCAGCUCAACCUUCAGAACUGCUGGCUGCACAAGGCCAACGGCGGUAUGGUACUGUUAAUGUUCUUCAUGUGCCGCAUCGCGCUCUUCCCCUACAUGUACUGGAUGUACGGCCGCCACUACGGAAUCCCGCUCUACAGCGUGCCCUUCCACCUGCCGCUCGCCACCAACCUGGGCAGCUCGUGCAUCCUGGCGCCGCAGGUGUACUGGUUCGUCCUGCUCUGCCGGAAGGGCUACCGCCUGUACAAGCGCAGCCGCAGUCCCGCCUCGUCCCCCGUGGUCACGGUCACUGACAAUUCGAAGGACGAUUGAUGUCCACGUCACAAUGUUCUCGCUCGAACCGCACACUCGGCUACUAACGCAACUACUUCUCCGAAAGCACUAGUUGACUUGAAGGUUUUCAAACCCCACCAUUGUACUGUAGUACACCAGGACUGCCUACUGUGGUCCCACAACUCCUGGGCAUUUUUCCGCACACGUUAAUUCCUCUGUUACAAAUCUGCUGCCUACGUGGACCUUUCCACCCACUGUAUUCUGCUACUGAAGUUUGAUGAUUUGAGUGUUUUUUGGAUUUUGGGAUUAGCCUGGACCUCGUUGAAGUUUCCCCCCCCCCUCCCUCGUCCUGCGUCUGUCCACGUCCUCAACAACUGAAGAACGGUCACUUUUGCUUCAUUCAUGGUAAAAAAAAAAAAUAACAAACAACUUGGAAUAAAAGAUCCACAAACUGAAGAGGAGCUUCCGUGGACAGACAUCUUAUCUCUUACGCCUUCUGUGUUUACAGCUUCUGCUGAUUUGGAAGGUCUGUUGCAGUGCGUGUGUAUGUGUGCGUGUGCGUGUGAGAGAGAGAGCGAGAGCAUCGGCUAAAAGGUGGUUGUAAUUUAUUUUUAAGGUUUUGUUUCUUUUUCUUCUUCUUAAUGUGUUGGAUAAUUAUCUUUCUCAACCAUUCACUCAUCGGGACAGACGAGAAGAAUUUGGAAUAGCGGCGGGCGCAAACUCAGUAUUAGCAGGAUAAAAUAUGAAGUGUAUACCUCACCUCAUCCACAUGGAAGGAAACACUUAGGUUUCUUAAUACCCAUUAAUGUGACGUAGUGUUAAAGUCUCGGCCACGUUCAUUUAGUGUGUGGUUUCCCCACACGGCGGGCAGCGUGCCGCCAUGGCAACAGUCGCCACAUUCCUCACCGUAACACCCAGCACAGAUUUAUGCUCCUUGUUCCUUUUGUUUCCAUCCAGGGAGCGACUGUUGCUCUGUAUAUAUAUGAAGUGUAUCCACCACAAAUCAAUGCAGCGUUAAUGUUCACUCCAGGUUUAAUUACACUUUUAAAUGAAUUCAGCGCGGCGACAUCCUUCAGCGUCAGGGCCGGAUAACGGCGGCACCGUCACGGGACUCCCGAGCUGAGCCGAACCCUCAGUACAUUUGUUUUCUUUUGCUUCAAAAACAUCCGUGCUUGAAAUUUCGCCAAUAAUUCAAGGCAAUCCCAAAUUCAGAUUAUGUGUGUAUACGUGAUUAGGACCCGCUAUCGCUGCUGAUUUCCUCAGAGAUAUUUCUGUUUUCAUACCAAUUUAGCUUUGUUUUCAACAAGAUCUUCACAGAACUAAUGCUGCAAAUUUUAAUCUAACCUGGUGCGGCGUUAAAAAUAUUCAUGUUAAAAUUCAUGUUUUUUUUACCCCAAAGUAGUUCCAUGCAUGCACUUUUCAUUGAAUAUGACCACACAUCAUUAAAAAGCUUUUCGUCGUCCAGCAGAGGGUGCUGUGAGCACAGCUCGGCCCUCGUUUCUCAGCAGAAGAAAACGUUUGAAAAGCAUUUGCAAGAAGUUCUGGUUGCAGUUCAACACCUUAGACGGCAAAGUGAACGCUUUAAGUUUGACCGGGCGACAAACAUCAGAACCACAAUUUUCCGUUUGCAACACACUGGACGUUCGACGGCAGACAGAACUGUAACGGUUUCCUUUGGCCGUUGUGUUUUUUUUUUCUUUUAGUUUUCUCCUGUGGAAAUCAGUGGGAUGUGCUCGUUAGGGGGACACGUGAAUGCCUCAUGUGGGACAAAACACUCAGGGCCAAGGCCAGAGCAAUAAGGCGAUCAGUGACUCACCAGGACAAAGUGAUACAGAGGAUUUCAAUUUAUGAGCAAUUAUCCACACAAAAAAUGACACAAAAAACUACAUCUCUAAUUCUUUAAAACUGUCAGUGUCAGUAUCACUUUAAGUUCUGCCGAUAUUUAUACGCACUUGUGUAUCAGGUGUUUCACUGAGCGUUCACACACACACACACUACUGUAUAUACGUGACACUUUUAGACAAUGACAUCCCGUUUUAAAACUUAUAUCUAGAUAUAACCAUACAUUGAAAUAUCGUUUUAUCUUUUAAAUAUGAUUAUUAUCAUCAUGCAAUAUAAGAUUGUUGUGCGAUUCACAGUUGCAUAAAGACAUUUGCCGUAGAGUAGCGAGUUCCUUCAUAUCAAAUAUUCAGUAGACGAUGUUAUUUUCGGCAGAGUUUGCCGAUUUAUCUCCUUAGACCACAAUUCUCGGUUGUUACAACGCUAAAGUCGAGCCAUAUCUGCGACAUAUUUAGUUUGUUUUUCAUUUGUGUUUUGGUGGAAUGUGUUUUCUUUUCACUGUACGUUGUUGCUUGGCGUUAGAUUUUUGCAGUUUGACAGUGAAGCUGGUUUUUGCUGCAGUGGUUAGCACUGGUACAUGACGGUUUUUCUAGGGCUCCAACUAAUGAUUAUCUUCAAAAUCUUUUCAUCUGUUGAUCUGUUUUUUUUUCAAUGAGUUUUGUUCAUAAAAUGUUAGAAAAUGUAGAUCAGAGUUCACCAAACCUGGACGUUUUAUUCAUUUCUUUGUUGUACGGCGCAAAGACACCGGAACAUAUUCACAUUUAGGAGGCUGAAACGUCAGAGAGCUUGUUUUAUUUAUUAUAAGAAAACACUCUGUGUGAUUAAUCUAUCACCAAAAUAGUUGGCGAGUAAUUUAGUAAAUGAAUUAAUAACCGUUGCAGCCCUAGUUGGUGUGAAUCCAGGUGGGACUGGGCCCUCGGCUGUGUUAAAUUUGCAUGUCCUCUCUCUGUGUCUGCAUGGGUUUUUAUUCCGGGCUACUUCAUUUCCCCCCUCGCAGUCCAAACAUGUGCAAAUCGGGGUCAAGUUAAAUGUAGAGGGCGAGGUUUGAAUGCAGUGAGUGUAAAUGGUUGUCUGUGUCGGUGUGUUGGCUCCGCACUCCCCCCCCCGGACACAUCUGCAAGUCCACAGAGGUCAUCGUUUACCCACGGAGUUCUGUGGCUGUGAUGACUUUCCCGGCCAGCUUUUUUUUCUAGACACACAGAAAGAGUUGGUAACCAUGGACGCGUGCUCGGGGUUAAGCAAGAGGUCAAAACAUACAAGGAUGUACAGUCGUUUGCGAACUCCCGGCGAGAAAUCGCUGCUGCUGCUGGAAUGGAUUGUGGGACGCUAGACUGAGGUGGAGCCUCCUUUUUAGACACAAAACCCGAGUAUCGAAUAGAUGGAUUAUUACGGUUACUGUAGCGGACGAGUGCCGGAGCAUCACCGGGGCAGCAGAGGUUGGGCUGUGGAUCCGGUGAGGACAACCAUGGGUGGGGGUAGUGGCUAUCUGGACACAAGUUAGGGCUCCAUCAGCCUGGGCAAGUGUGUGUGUGUGUGUGAUGUUCAAAGACCCCGAAAAAACACCCGAUGACCCCGGGGGAAAUCGCCCCCCUCCCUCCCAAAGGACGUGUCCAGAUGGAUGGAGACGAUGUAUGUAAUGUAAAAAAAAUAAAAAAAAUAAUAAUAAAAAAAUACAUCUUUGAAACAAACUACCAAGCUGUCAACAACACGUCUGACACGUACCCAUCACAAAAAUCAAAAAAAAAAAAUAAAAAAUAUCAUGCUCCCGACUGUGUAGCAAAAUAUUCUGCUCCCUUAAAGAAGAAAUAAACGGCUCAUAACAUGAUUUCAGUUAAAA